AUGACGGCUCCAAUUGCGCAGAUCCUGGUGUACAAUGCUCACAACGGUGACUGUGUUGAAAUCCCGAAGCCCGUGCGGUUUCACAGCUUGAGCGCGCUCCGAGAUUAUCUUCUGGAAGCAUUCACACACAGUUCUAGGACCGCCAACGAGAGCAUAUUUCUUCUAACGCCGUUUGGAAUCAAGCUCAACUUCCAGAUGAUCAACGAGAUGUCUGAGAUUUACUACUAUGAUCGGCGCUUCUUCGAUAAGGCCACAGAUAAGGCCGAGGCGCUACAGUAUCUUAGCUCACACGAUGAAAUGCCAGUUCCGAAACCAGAUAAGUAUAUAUUUGUAGAGACAGACAACGAGAGAGAAAUAGUGAAAACUUUUGAGAGCUACGAGCAGUGGGCUCGCAAUCUAUUGCUGCAGACGACACGGACUCAGAUGGUGUGUGAUUCACUUACCAGAAAGAUCAAUUACAUCUUCAAGUCGUUGAACAUCAUCUUCCAGUUCGUGUCAAACUUCGUGAAGACCACGGAGAAAGCCUUCUCCGGGUUCCACGAAUCUGUCAAGCUUCUAUGGACGAAAUCGUUGAGCAACUCGUGGCAGUCGCAUUAUGCGGCGCUCAAGAGCUUUCCACCAAUCCACUUCAAGAAUUCCAGCGCCAUCUACUUGUAUCGUUUCCUAGAUGAAGACGAGUUCCGCGCCUCUGCCACUCUAAUUAACAGACACCUACCCAAACUAGUUUCCCGCUUCAAUGCUUUCUCCGAUGAGAUAGAUACUAUAAACGAUGGAACCCUUGAAAUCGACAAGAUGAUUGAGGCAUUGCGCUCACAGUCGGCCAAAAAUUUCAAGGGCUACGAUACUGAAAAGAAGAGUAUGGGCACAGAGAUCGACUCGUUCAGCACGGCAUUUUCGGAGGACUCGCGGGUGUUUCAUUCGCUCUCACGGCGCGAGCAGCGAGUCUUAUACCAACAACAUAAAUUAUUGUCUGUGCUGUUUCAUGAAGUAGCAGACAAAGCUUAUUCAAUUCUGAACCGGCUAUCGGAGUUUCAUCGCAUGUUAGUCACCGAGUCCGUUCCCAUAUUCCAGGAGAUUGCUCUUCUUCAGUUAAAAGCGGUGACUUUGAGGAACGAUUCCAAAGCCUUGAUGGUUAAACAGGAUUCGAAGACCAAGAGCAUUGAUCAGCUGGCACUGAGCUCUCUCACUUUCGAAAUCGUCGAGAUGGUCAGGAAUGCAGAAAAUAAUUUGUCUAUGACGAUCGAUCUCCCGCUUUUAUUUGGGUUCACCCUUGUUGAACAGAGGAGACAGUUCGAAUGGCACGAUUUCUUCCUGAAGGGUUUGGUAAACGGCGUGUCAGAACAGCUCUCGGUGAUUAUCGAACAUGAAAGCACAUUCCAGAAUCUAUGGAUCAAAAAAUUUGGACAGUACAUUAAAAAAAUUGACCCUCAAAUCGAUCUCCUGUCCAACAUUCCCUCAAUUGAUGUCACGUUGGUCAAUUCAAACGCUAAUUCAAACGAACAUAAUGUUUUUGGCUGGAAUCAUUCAAAAGAUUUUGACAGGGAAGACAUCAUUGGAUACAUCGCAAUCUUGAAGAAACAAAAACUCGAGAAGUUUAGCAGCAUCUUGGAGAAAAACUUCAAGGACAUGGUGCACUCGACUGACCAAAUGAAUAAAAUGAGUAAGACAGUGUCAGCAUUAAGUGCUCAUGUAUAUUUGGAUGAACAAGCUAUCAAUAAGAGCCAAACCAAGUUGGAUGGCAUUGGCACCUCCCAGCUUGACCAAAAUCUUGUUGAGGGACUUAAAAUGCGGAUAAAGAAGCUUGAAAAUUUGUUGCAUCAAAACCAGUUCAGGAACAUCAAUAACUGGCCUGUAGUCAGAGCCGACCAGAUCACUUCGGCGAACCAGAUGAGUCUAAUUAUGAAUGGUCCUGCCACUACCAACACCAUUAAUCAGAACCCACUCAAGUUUCUUCAAAGAGUCAACUCAACUCCAGAAAAGAGAACUACACCUUCAAUAAUGCCUCAAAAAGUACUCGAUGCUUCAACUACAAUUGACAAACAUCUUGAUAACAUCAGGUUGCGGAGAGAAUCUACAGAGCUUGUCAACCAUAACCAGGAGUUGUUAAGGACAAAUAAUCAAUUUGAGACCAGGGUCUUGGAGCUAGAGAAUCAGCUCAGAGAGAUAACUUCUAAACAUGAUGCUCUUGAAAAUCAACUCCAAGACAAGGCAACGCGCUGCGAGGUACUUGAGAAAGAGCUUGAAGAGAUAUCAAAAAGUUACCAGAGUCUUGCUACGAAAGCUACAGAGUCCGAGAAUAAGCUAGAUGAAGCUUAUACUGAAAUCGAGAGCCAGAAAGCUCAGUUCGCGCAAGAGAAGGAGCGUAGCUCGAAAGAAAAGGAGAAAGCAGACGCAGAAAUUGAUAGUCACAAGAUCGAAUUGGCAGCGCUCAAAUCAGAAGUACAAGAUCACGCAAAGACCAAAUCAGACCUUUUGACGACCAUGCUGGAGAAAGAACAGGAUUUCGCAAGUGAAAGAUCUGACCUUCAGCGGGAAAUCAACGAACUACAGGAACAGCUUUCUCAAAAAACUGAAUCUUUGGAUAAAAUCACAGAGGUGCUGCGCAAUAAACAGAAGAGAGCGCAGGUAUUGCUUGUCUCACUCAAUCAGAUGCUUCGGGCGCUGUUCCACGCCAUUGAAGAUCUCAGUUCACUUAGCAUCAACUAUUUUCACGAGUUCUGUCUUGUGACACAAUCAAUGGGUCUCCUCUUGGUACGCGAGCCACGUAAAGAGGAUGGUAAAAUGGAGUAUCGGAUUAAAAGAGUCAAGGGUCUUCGUGAGCGCAAUAACGAGGAUUCAGAACAGGAUCAUUUGCCUUCCAUGAAAACCGCUGCCAUAAACGAUGUAGAAAAAGCAUUCAAAUGGUUGGAGGUCACUAAAAACAGCUUGAAGACUCUCGACAAAACUGCUGAGCCAAAGACGCAGAGAGAUCCAGAUCCAAGCUCACAGCAUAUACCAACCGAAGAGGAAUCUGAAACGAUACUUCGGAUUUUCGGAGACUUUUUGUUGCCUCAAAAUAGCGAACCUUCCCUGCUAAAUGUAGCCGUGAAGGCUCUCUCGUUCAAGGAAGAUAUCCAGCUCCAGGGUCACGACAAAAAGAACUACGUGGACGAAGGGUUUUUCUACAACGGUAUUGCAAAGAGGUUUAGUGAUGUAGAAGGCUAUGCCAAAAAGUUGACCAAGGAGAACAAGGUCAAGACCGCUGAAGUGGCGAGACUAUGCAAAGAACGGAACGAGAAAAUUGCUAUCAACAAUUUCCAAGUAGGCGACCUUGUAUUGUUUUUACCAACAAUCACCAACGAUGAGACCGAUAGCCAGGAACAAACACCAUGGACCGCAUUCAACAUUGACGCACCGCACUAUUUCCUUGACUUAGAAUCACAACCUCAAAAGUCCAGCAAGGAGUGGAUAGUAGCGUUCAUCAGCAAGAUAGAGGUACACGAGGUGACGGAUAGUACGGUGACGGAUCGGACGAAAAAUCCCUAUUCUUUAUCGGCAGGUGACCGAUGGUAUUCGGUUCUGACGCAGGCCACAAAAAACGAGUAG